AGUGCGCGUUCAUCCUUCGUACGCUCAUGUUCAAACUAUUUGAAUUUUAUCAAAUAACUUGCUCCUAUAUCAACUCGAGCCGGUCUUACAAACCAUAUCAUCAAUUUAAAAACAUUAUUUCUCAUAAAACAGCAUAAUUUUUCAACCACAAAAGUGUCAAGUAGUUUUAUUAUUUUAAAUUAAUUUAUUACCUUUGUUUUUUCCAAUUUAAAAACUUGUUUUUUUAAAAAAUAGUUGAUUAAUUUUUACUUUAUAUCGUAUGAAAAAUAGGAGAAAAAAAAAAUUGGUAAAAUAAAAGAAAUUAAAGUGAAUAAUAGGGUCACACGUGCUACGACAAGUUUGUAGGUUUCGAUGUAAAUUUGCAUAUCGUAAAUGUCUCGUUGGUUUAUCGAACGAUUCAUGCACACAUUUACUAGAGAUACGUUGGUGAUAAUCUGACGUUAUUCAACGUCACAAUUGUAUUUUUAUUUUCAUUAUUUGUUGAAUAAAGAAAAAUAAUAUAAAUAUGUCAAAAUAAAAUCAUAUCAGAAAAACGAAAUAAAAUAUUGUGAUAUGAAAAAAAAGUGAUUUAUUAGCUCAAUAAUGCUAUAAUAUUUAUAUCUAUUUAUUUAAUUAAAUAAAUAUAAAAAAGAAAAUCAAUAAUAAGUGAUUGAUUUUUGUUUUAAAACUGUAAUAUAUUAUUAUCAUGAAAUUUUUUAUUUCAACGGACACGUGUAUGAUUCGGAGUAAUUUUUUUCAAUUUAAUUUAUUCAAAAAAGAGUAGCAAUAUAUAUUUUUAUUUCAUUGUUUAAUUUAUAAUUAACUAUUAUAAAGUAAAAUAUUAAAAACAAAUUAACAUUAUUUAUCGAAAAAAUAAGAAUAUUUUUUUGUUUUUUUUUUUUGUAAAUAUGCGUGCACCCUUGAUUUUAUUGGGUGGCAUUAUCGUUUUGUCACUCGCUGUUGCGAGGGCUUUGUCUUGUGUUUGUUCACCAUUGGAAUGUGACAUUUUAACUGUUGAAGAUUGUCCAGGUGGACUUACCUGGGAUCCCUGCAAGUGUUGCAAAGUUUGUGCGAGGGUUGAGGGUGAACCCUGCGGUGGUUUAUUCGGAUUUUCCGGCAGUUGUGCAGUGGGUCUCCAGUGUGUUAUUAAAAAUCUUCGUCCACCAGAUGAGCUCGAUGAGGGAAUAUGUACAAAAAUACCAGGCAGAUGGCGACGACAUUGUCCACAUCAACCAAAAAUGUCUGGUGGUGGUUGUAAUUUAAUUGGUGAUGGUAUUGCAUCAAGUGAAACUGGACAAUCAGAUAAUACUGGUAGAUGUUUAUGUGGACCAUCUGUACCAUGGUGUCCUGGUGAACCACGACCAUAUACAUUUACAACUCGUCACGAGUGUCAACUUAAUCUUGAUGCGAAAAUUGCUUACGAUGAUUUUCUUGAUGCAUCAGAACUUCCACCUGUCGAGGGUGUACAUGGUACAAUAUGUCCUGAAGAUAGUAUUCCAACAGAGGAUGGAUGCAAGUGUGUAACACCAUGUCUACCACACAAAUGUCAGCAAGGACAACAUCCUGUACAAGUAAAGCCUGCAAGACUGGAAAAUCCAGGAAAUUGUUGUCCUAUCUACAACUGUGUUCCCUCAGAACCAAUAUCAUUUCGUCGUUCUGGAGAUGAUAGAAAAGAUCCACAAAUUUGUAUUGACAAUAAUGGAAUAACAAAAUCAGUUGGUGAUGAAUGGCAACCACAGCCAUGUAAUCAUUGUACUUGUGAAGAGACAAAUGAUGAUCAUGGUCGUAUAUCAUGUCAAGCAACAAUGUGUAAAAGUUGUGAAAAACCAACACCAAUAAUACCUGGUGAAUGUUGUCCACGUUGUUUAGAGACAAUUGAAAAUAAUAACACAAAUACAAUAAAAACAAUAACAAGCACAAGUAAAAAUAUUCAUGUGCCUGUUGUAACAUCAAGCUGUAAUUCUCUUGAUGAUUGUGAUCCACCAUGUCAUCUUGAUCCUGUCACUGAUGCCGAUGGAUGUCCAAUUUGUACAUGUCCAAAUGUCAUACAGAAUACAACAAAUAUAGAUUUAACAGAUGAAAUUUGCCCCGAGCUAUCACACUGUGGUCACGAAUGUAUCAUCCAGAAAGAUCAAAGUGGUUGUCCUGUUUGUGCUUGUGAUACCAACAUAGAUACUGAAAAUACUGUUAAACCAGUAAAUGUGCCAUACGAAGAGGAAGAUGCGAUUGGAGGUGGUGGUGGUGUUGAUGAUGAUGGUAUUAUCUGUCCAGCUUUCAAAUGUGAUUUGCACUGUGAUAUGGGUCUUCUUAUGGAUGAAAAUGACUGCACCAUUUGCCAAUGCAAGCCUCAGGCAUCAUGUCCAUCUCCUAUUAGAUGUAAAAAAAAAUGUCCCUAUGGCUAUAAACUCAAUAGACGUGGUUGUCCGUCAUGUCGUUGUCGAGCAACAUGUUUGGAUCACCACAAUAAUACACAUCCAGAAGGUUCAUCUUGGCAUCCAGACGUUUGUACAUCGUGCACAUGUGAUUCAGCAAGUCGUUUAGUUUGCAAGGAAAUUGUCUGUUCAAUUGCAUGUAAAAAUCCUUUACCACCAGUAGCCGGCACCUGUUGCCCCAUUUGUCCUAUCAACGAAAUUGUCAGCAAAAAUGAACACACGAGUACUAGAGGCUGGGGUAUUAUUCCCAUAACCCUCAUUGCUGUUCUAACACUUUUUUGUAUGGUACUUAUGAUUUAUGUUGUGAGAAAUAAAUAUAAAGGUAAAUUAUCACCAUCAACAAAUAUGUAUACACCAUAUCCAGCACAAUACUACAAAUGUGUGCCAGCUUAUGAUACACCAUCACAUCACAAUGAAAAAAUUGUACCACUUUAAAAUAAUAACUGAUUUGUUUUUUCUGUAUGCGUGUGUGAGGAUGUGUGGAUGUUAAUUUAAAUUAAAAGAACAUUUAUAUGACUGUAAACUUGUUAUUAAAUAUCAUGAUGAUAAAUAAUUAUCAACUUUUCACAAUGCAAAAAUAUUAAAAAAAUUGAUUUAAAGAAAAAAAAUAAACAAUAACCAAAUAAAAUUUAAUUAACAUAAAUUUAAAGUUAAACAAAGAGAAGUAAAUUGAGAUUUUUAAUUACGUAAAAUAUAUUUUUGUUUGAUAUAUAAAUUGUUGUUUUAAAAUUAUAUAGAAUCAGUGAUCUCUAAAAUACUGUAUUUAUUUUUUUCUUUUUUUGUUGAAACAUUAACAAAAAAGAAAAAAAUAAAUACAGUACCUAUUUUAGAGAUACACAAUCAUAAUUUAUCAUUGUGUAUUUUUCCUUUUUUUUCUUUCUUUUAAUAUCUCAAAGAGACUUAUGAAAUGUAUGGAUCAAAGUAUUAAUUUUUUUGUUUAUGUCGUGUUUGUCAUGUCCAGGAAAGUGAUAGUUUUUUUUUUUUUUUUGUUUGUCGUUGACGACGAUAUUGUACACAGUAUGUUAGCUCGUAAGUGUGUAUACAAGUAAUUGAGUAAGUGUAUGAGUGGGUGUAAAAUGUGAAAUAUAUGAUAAUUGA